AUGCAACUCGUAUCUGGUAAAAUGGCAAGUGCGUCUCAGAUACCGGCGUCUGAAUUGAUUAAAGGGGGUAUUGGUUUAGGAGAUGUACAGGAAUCUAGGAAAACGAAAGAUGAGUACAGGAAGCAAAAGGACUUGGAAGAGGAGCGAAAGCUUGGUAUUGCUCCAGCCAUGGUCGACGUUGAAACGGGAAGAGAUAUUAACCCUCAUAUACCUGAAUUCAUUGCAAAGAAUCCUUGGUAUGUGCCAUCCUCAGGUCCGACGCUCAAACAUCAAAGGCCACAUCCUGAAAGGCAGGUAAAAAUGUCAACCAUAGACAGUUGGUAUCGGAGAGGACCGACCAAUAAGGUUGCGACAAAGUUUAAGGAGGGAGCCUGCGAAAAUUGUGGGUCAAUGACGCACAAGAAGAAAGAAUGUUUUGAAAGACCUCGUAAAAUUGGUGCUCGUUGGACGGGAAUGAACUUUGCUUCUGAUGACUACGCACAACCAGAUUUGAAAUUAAAUUGGGAUGCAAAGAGAGAUCGUUGGAAUGGUUAUGAUCCCGGCACGUAUAGCCAGGUUGUUGAAGAAUAUGAGAAAAGAGAACAAACGAGGAAGCAACUUCGUGAAGCAAAGAUGGCAGAGGGGAAGGUAGAAGAGGACGACAGCAAAGGCGAACAAACGGCAGAUGAGGAUAUGUAUGCUGACGACGCAGAUAUGGCGGGCGUUACUGUUGAUAUGGAUUCACGAACGCGAAUAACAGUGAGGAACUUGCGUAUCAGGGAAGAUACAGCAAAGUAUCUUUACAAUUUGGAUCCAAAUGGCCCCUAUUAUGAUCCAAAAUCACGUUCAAUGCGGGAAAAUCCGUUUGCGAAUAUGCCUGGAAAGGAGCGUGAGGCGGCUAAAUUUGCCGGCGAGAAUUUUAUACGUUAUACUGGGGAAGUCGUUCAGGCUAAUGAAGCCCAAGUAUUUGCUUGGCAGGCGAGAUGCAAAGGCAUUGAUGUGCAUGCCUUGGCCGAACCUACGAAAUUGGAAGCUAUGAAAAGGGAAUAUGAGAAACAGAAGAUAGGUUCCAAGAAGGAACACAAAGAGAAACUAUUGGAAAAAUAUGGAGGAGAAGAGUAUUUGGAUGCUCCACCGAAGGAGUUGUUAUUAGCACAGACAGAGAACUACGUAGAGUACAGCAGGAAAGGAAAAGUAAUAAAGGGGGAAGAACGUCCAGUUGUUAGAAGUCGUUAUGAGGAAGACAAGUACAUUAACAAUCAUACUUCUGUUUGGGGUUCGUACUGGAGAGACGGACAGUGGGGUUAUUCCUGCUGUCACUCAUUUGUUAAGUUUUCUUACUGCAUUGGAAAAGUGGGAUAUGAAGUUAAUAGAGAACUCCCAUCUGUUCUCCCAGCUGCGAUAAAGCAAGAAAACGAUAAUGGGGAAAGGAAAUUUGAAGAAGAAGACGAGGAUGGGCAGUCAUCAUCUAAUGAAACGCGCUCCGGAGACGAAGUGGAUUCUGAGAAAGAAAGAGUGUUCGAAAGCGAACGCCAGACAGAAAUAGAGAGAAGAGAAAGAGAAGACAGACGACGGGAGAAGAUACGUAAGAAAAGGAAAAGGCAGGAAGAAAAAAAAAGGAAAAACAAAAAGAAAGAGGGACGAAAGGGAAGAGGAGAUGGCAAACAAAGUAGUAGUUCUGAAACAGAAGAAGAUAAAAAGAAUGAUGAGGAGUUGAAGAAAGCUAUUGCAAAGGCCAAACAGGACUGGAGGGCAGGCGAAAAAAUGGCUCUUGAGGAUGACCGGAAGCGCAAAUACCAUUCAACGUACGAAACGCAGGCGCCAACGGACGCAGAGAUGGAAGCUUAUAGAUUGACUCAGAUACAUUCUGCUGAUCCAAUGGCAGGUUAUAUAGCAGAAAAACGCCGACGAGGAAAAUGA